UCCCGGCUUAUUAAUUAUUUUUAAGUAAAAAUCUUGAAUAUUUAUGUUGAUAAUUAUUUGUUAGCAAGCUAGGAAAUAGUGUCUUUAACACGAACAAAGAAAUUAGAGUGAAUAAGUUAAAAUUUAACGUAGUUUUUUAUGUAAUUACCAUUCUAAAAUUAAAAAAAAGUUAUGUUCGCAUAGUUAUGUGCUUUUAACUCUUAAAAGGUUAUUUAUAAAUCCAAGUGAACAUGGCUUCUACGUCAUUAGCGGAACAGCUACAAAAGCUUUCCGUUCCACAAUCAUCUAUUUACAAAGAUGAUAACAAAAAGUCGUCUCUACUUUUUGACCCAAAGGAAGCAGCUUUGAAGGACCGCAACACCUUUUAUGAAAUUGGAAUAAGUGGCCUUAAAGAACUAAUUGCAUUGUACGAAGGCUUUCGUGUAUUCGAAGACUCCUUGUUUAGUAUAACCUCUAUAGAUUUUGAAAGAGCUGUACAGAGUAAAGAGGUUAAUCAGAAUUUAAAUGAAACAAUUGAAAAGUUCCUCAUACAACUCUCCCCAUACCUGCUCCUUCAAUCCUCUCACAAAGCAUUGGAAUGGCUCGUCAAUAGAUACCACAUACAUGAAUACAAUCAAGAUGCAAUAAUGAUGCUAAUCCUACCGUAUCAUGAGACAAAGAUAUUCAUUCGAUUCAUACAGCUAUUUAAAUUGAAUUCUACUUCAAAUAGAUGGAAUUGGUUGGAGUCGAUACAAAAAUGCAGUGUACCAUUGACGAGACAAAUUUUAUACAAUCAGUGUGUCUCCAACACAGCCACAUUACAAUUCAUAACUAAAAGUGUCUCCAAAUAUGUAACAGAAUUUGGUGAAAGAGCGAAUCAAUUGAACACGGUAUAUGCAUUUUUCUGUUCAACUGCUAUUGGCAUUAUAAAUACCAGCAAACAUGUUACCGAAUCUAUAAUAAAUGCUUUAUUACCGACAUUGUUAAUGGGUCUAGAAUCUUCCGUUAAGGAUUUCAGAUCUGCUGCAUAUGUUAUAAUUGGAUAUCUAUCUACCAAGGCUACAUUUAAAAAGAACACUAUAAAUGAAGUCAUAUUUCGAUUAAUGACCUCUGAAUUUGACUUGUCAUAUGAUGUUGUGUUGCUUAUAAAUUUAAUUUAUACAAAUCAAAAACAUUUAACUAAGAUACCGGAAGGUGUGCUGUGUAAUAUAUCAGUUGAUGUUAUGAAUGAAAUGUGUAAGCAUUUAAUGAAGUUGGUCGAACUGAAAAUUAAUAUUCAGACCCUUAGCUUGGUAUUUCUGCACAGUAUAUUGCCUCUUGUUCAAAAUAAUAUUGAAGAUUUUCGAAGGUUUAGCCAACUACCCGAAAUAUUUAUUGAUGUUGUGGACUUCAAGAAUCAGCAGCCUGAGAAGAUUGUUAUAUGUGCACUGACUGCAUUAAAAUCCUCUAAUAGUGAUAAUAAGGAUGAUGAAAGUGAUAUUGAAAUUAUUGAUGAAGAUGAUGAAAUUUCAAGCAAGAUAUUGUCUUGGUAUUCACAGUUCUUGAAAAACAUAGAAACCAGAUACCCGGAAACAUUUGAUAAAGUAAUUAAGAAAUUAAUGGGAUCUAAUAGCAAAUUACCUUCUAAACAAAAACUGCAGCUAUCCAAAGUUUUAGGGUUCAAGCCAGCUGUUGCACGUAAAGUUGGAAGUGCAUACUUAUUCGAAAACCUGAAUCAUAUCAACCCAGAAAUGAGAGUUGAGGCUGUUAAUUAUAUUGCAAAAGAAUUUCAAUCAUUGAAAAUAGAGAACAAAGGCUUUGUGAAAGAUUCCAUUGUGAGCAGAUUAAAGGAUGAUAGUAUGGACGUGGUUUCGGCGGCUUUAGAAAUUCCAAAUAAAGAUUUCAAGGAUUUGCUCGAUGAACAUGAUUUAACAAAUGUUUUUGUUUAUAUUGCUUCUAAAUGUACUAAGAAAUGGUUGAGUGUAGUAAGAAAAAUGAUUAGCAAAUUUUGCUCAAUGGAUACAUUGCCGGUCAACCAUGAAAUCGUCCUAUCCCUUAUGCCGUAUUUAUUUCCAAAAGACGAACAAUCAGCUCAGCUCACAUACAAAAUACUGUCUUCUCCAUGGGGUAAAAAAUUCGGACUGAAAAAUAAACUCACCGCUUUUAAAAAUUCAUGUGAAGAUAAUCCUGAAGUGAUUAAUCAAUGUGUAUUUAAAGCCCUAUUUGUUGAUAAGUGUAUACAAUUUGAUAACAUUCUCGACUUUAAUCUUUUGAACAAAGAAAGCACUCUUGAUCUUUGCUUUUUUAUACUUCUGAAGUCAUGUUCAUUAAAUAAUGCACCGGUUUCAGAAACAACAGCUGUAUUAAAUCUUUUAUUAGAUGCAGUUCAAAGUAGAGUAAUAGUUUCGAGUUCAGAGAGUUCACUCUUUUCAGCGGAUGUGAUGGUAGAAUUUAUUAAACUUUCUAAAAAAGAUCAAAUUUUGUUUGAAGUAAUGGAAUAUAUCCUCUACAGUAUCACGGAGCAGCUGAAUCCUGAUGUUAUUACUACACCAUGGUGUAAUUUACUUAAUACACCCGAAACUAUUCUCAUCAGACGAUUGUAUGAAAUAUUUAUAACGGGAUGUGGAAUUCCAACAUAUGGGGAUAAUUAUGCCAAAUUGACACAAAAGCUUUUAGAGAAAUUGUUUAAAACUCCAAAGGAAAAAUUCGAAUUCGUGGCAAAUUUCGCUUGUGGGCAUAUAUUAUACGCCACUGAUCCGAAAGAUGUAAUCGCGCCAGAACUUCAGCUUCGUAGCCUUAAGUUAAUGACAAACUUUCUGUCUAUCCAAAACAAUACUGACUGGAUUUAUGACUCCGACGUUCUGAUAUUAACAAUACUCUUUGAUUUAAAUAAUUCGAUUGCGCCAAUACGUCAGUGUGUUGUCAAUAUAAUAAAUAAUGUAUUAAGAGAUGCACCAGAUAAAAAAAAUGUUUAUGUGCAGUUAUUAAAAGAAUUAAUCGAUCACGAACAAGAGUUGAUACUCGAUCAUGAACAAGUGCCCCAAGUACUUAAGACGAUACUGACCCAAAAAUCUAUGCAAACAAAAAUAUUUAGAAGAAAUUGCUUAUUAAAAUUAACAUCGAUUCUAAUUGGAGAUACACCAGCACAUAUAAAGUCAUCACUUGUAAAAAUCCUUUCCAAUAUCAAUAAUGAAUCUACUUUUUGUAACGUAAUUCCUGCACUUGAUAGUGUACAGAAACGUCUAAAACAAAAUGAAUUUAAUAAAAAAUUCGCUUUCGAUAUUUAUGAAUCAAAUUUGAUCAGAACUGUGUAUUCACAAAUAAACGAAACCACUGUUACUACGUUUAAUAAAGAACAAGUUUGGAAAAUAAUUGAAAUUGGAUUGAAAGAGUACAAAGAAUGUGUUUUAAAUGAGGACAUGUCGUUUGUAUGUCCAAGUGUUUUAAUAAUGAGACAAAUCAACGAGGAUGUUUUUAAAAAAAUACCAGAUGAAAAAACUAAAGACUUCGUCUAUUUGAUAACUUUAGCUGGAACGUUCAGCAAUAAUCCUAGUAUUUCGAGUGUAGCCUCAAAAGUUAUGAAGAAGAUACACAUAGAUUUUAAAGAUUUCAAGCCUAUUCUUGACAAGAUGCUAAAUGUGGUAGAUCCUGCAGCUAACGUACCAAAAAAGAAAAAAGCUACAGUAUCAAUGCUCUCGCAUCAUUUAGCCGAUACCGAUGAAUGGCGACUUGGACUUACCAUUCUUGAAUAUGUUCAAAGUAAAAAGAAAAUGACUGUAGAUAGUUCAUUUGUCACAAUUUUAUUCCAGAUACUCAAUAAAUGUUUGAGAUUUGAAGAACAAUCCCAUGUCGAAUAUACAAAACAACUAAUUUUGUCGUCACUAUGGUAUUUCUGUAAGAAAUUUGUUAAUGAUACAGAUAAAGAACAAAUUAAGUCGAUCAAGAAUAUUUUCGAUGUUGAGACCGUCGUGCAAUGCAUAAGAGGAACGCAAAAUCCACAGACGCAACAUCAUGCCUUGAUACUACUAUCUCACGCUGCGUAUAUGCUACCUGAACAAGUCCUUCACCACACUAUGGAAAUAUUCACAUUUAUGGGAUCGUCAGUAUUGAGACACGACGAUGCCUAUAGUUUCCAAAUAAUUACAAAAAUAAUAGAAACCCUUGUACCAAUUUUAGUGAAAUUAGAUAAAAACAUCGAGGAUUACACGGAAAAAGAAUUCCAACAGCUACAAAAACGCGUCGUUCCUGUUUUACGUAUUUUUGCAGAUGUGGUUCUUCAUGUACCUGAACACAGAAGAUUACCACUUUAUAAGAAACUUAUAGAAACACUAGGACCUAGUCAGUUUCUUUGGGUAUUUCUUGCUUUAUUACUCGAAACCCAUAUCGCUCAUUUUAGCGAUGACAAGAAAAAGGAUAAGACAACGCCAAAAAGCUUAGCCGAACAAGAAUCACCAAUCAAUAGAAUGGACUUUGGACAAAGUAUUUUGUUGGAAUUCACGCCUGAAGUUUGUUUGGAAAAUUUUACGAAGUUAAUAAUUUAUAUGAGAUCUUUGCCAUUACAAAAAGAUGAAAACGCGAUGGAUACCGAUGUGGACCCCACUGAUAUUUUCAGCAUCAAUGGGCACACGCCUUUCCAAUUAAGACAUUAUAAAUAUGUAAUUGUGACUUUCAUGAAUACUUGUUUAUCUUCAUCGAGAUUUAUACAGCAUAAUAGUCAAGCCGUUGACAUAAAAACAAUGGAGCAUCAUUAUAAAAUGUUCAUUAUUAAAAUAUUAACGUUUAUUCAAAGUAUACCAAAAAUGGGUGAUGAGAAAACGGGAAAAUAUUGGCGUGUAAUGUUGCACUACAGUUACGAUUUGUUAGAUCACACUAAUAAUUUGUUAUCUGCGCCUAUGUUCUUGUCUGUUGUCCGGGGUCUGUUGCCGCACAGUUUACAAACAGUCCGAAAGAAGGCGAUGGAGUUACUAAAUUCAAAAAUUCAAACGAGUCCCGAGAUGUUCGCUGAUGUCGAUAAGAAAUUACUUUUCUCAUUGCUUCCAGAACUCUUAAAUAUUGUAAAAACUAUUGAAAUUCACAAUGAUGACCUCAAUGAAAAUGAUGCUCAGGAAUUAGAAUUGAAUCAACAAACAGCUCUAUUAUCGUUGAAGUUAUUGGCUCGAAUGUUAGCUUCAGAAAAUCCACAGCCAUUUAAGCCAGUUUUAGAAACGGUAACCGAUUACACAUGCAAUUCAAAUAUACCUGGCAACGUGAUGGCGUCUAUUGUCCUUUGCCUUGCUGAACUGUGUGGAAAUUUGAAGGCACAUGCGUUAGGAAGCUUGAGAAAAUUUAUGCCGGCUCUAAUUAAAGUUCUCAAAAAACAACGCAAAUCUGAUACACCGGAACUAGUUUUAUUGAGUACUGUCACAGCUAUUUCGAAGAUCGUUGAAAGUCUUCCGUUGUUCUUAAGUCCGUAUUUACAGAAAAUUCUGUAUGAGUACGCAAUAUUAUUUGCUAAGUGGCAAGAAUACGAAAAAAAUAGUAAACACUCACCGAUCACAUCUAAAUUGAUAAAUAUAAAGAAAAAGAUCGCCAGCUCGAUUCCACCGAGAGUAUUGAUACCGGUAGCGAAUGAGACUCAUAAAUUAAUAUUGGAAAAGGAAAACUUUAAUGCUGUUGGUCCAGUAAUGUCUGUUCUAGCUGAUAGUUUCGGCAACAUGACUACUGCUGAUUUUGCCGCACUACAGCAAGAUUUGACGUCAUUCUUCCUAUCGGCUUUACAAUUAAGAGGCGAAGCGUCCGAUAAAAACAUCGAUGUUAAUGUUAUCGACACGGCAGAGGAUGAAGUUGUAAAUGCCCUAGUCAGUCUCGUUCUUAAGUUGUCUGAAACGAGCUUUAGGCCGUUCUAUUUCAAGAUCUAUGACUGGGCAAUAAGAACUAAUAUUGAGGGUCGUAAGGAUAGAAGUAUCACAUUUUAUAGGUUGAGCAGUGCUAUCGCUGAUAAAUUAAAAGGACUCUUUGUAUUAUUCGCUGGUCACUUUGUGAAAAAUGCGGCGGAACUUCUGGACGCGUGCAACAAUAGCAAAACGGAAGACCUAUUCUUUGAUACAGACGAUAAGUGUAUUUCAUUGAUCAAAUAUGUCAUCAAAACACUGCACAUAGUGUUCUUAUACGACAGCCAGACCUUCUUAAAUAAGGACCGAUUCGAAACCCUCAUGCAGCCGAUUGUAGAUCAAUUGGAGAAUACUGUAGGCGGAAUAGCAAAUCUUAAAACGAGGGCAACUGAGUUUAUAAUCCCCUGUAUAUCCCAGUUCGCUGUGGCAACCGCUGACGAUUCGCUUUGGAAGCUAUUAAAUUAUCAGGUUUUAUUGAAGACGAGACAUAACGACGCGGAAAUAAGACUCGCAGGCUUGGAAUGCCUCGUGGCAAUGGCAUCUCAAUUGGGCAGCAACUGGCUCCCGCUCUUAGCGGAAAGUGUACCUUUUCUCGCAGAGUUGCUCGAAGAUGGCGAUCAGAGAAUAGAAGUAGCAACUAAGAAUGCAGUUCGUACAUUGGAACAGAUCCUCGGGGAACCGCUUGAAAAAUAUUUUUAAUAGUUCGCGUAUGCAACAAGUACUAUAGUACAGUUUUAUAAUAAUAAAUGAUAUAAUCUUUAU